UAUAACGAAAAGUAUUCUUAAAGUAUACUUAAUACAACAAGAAAUGUAAAGAUCACCGUCGUCACUACAAUAACACAUAAAAAACCGAAAAUUCAAAAUCCAACUAAAAUGGUUGCAAGAAACUUUUCCGUACAAGAUAUACCGUAUUCAAGAUUACUUCAAGUUCCCGAUGAAGAACGCGAAUUCUUAAAUCUGGAAGAAUUGAAACCACAUCAAUUAACCGAAUUAGGAAUAUCCAACCAUCAUCGCAACGAUGAAUCGGAAUCCAAUUCUGGAACACAUCAUCUGGAGUUUAGUCCACAAUCGAUUUAUUACGAUUUGAAUUCACAUCACACCAUAGAAUUAUACCCAAAUGAUAUGACGAAAGUAACACAUGACGGUAAAUUGCCGAAUUCCAGUGCGUUAAUAGAAAAGCAAAAGUUGCAUCCGCAACAACAACAACAACAACUACAUCAAAAUGUUAUCAUCCAACGACCUCCUGUUUCGCCCACAAGUGUUGGCGUGUCUAGGAAAAGGAAAAGCUUGUGUACGACAGACGGGAGCGAUUUUGAUGAUGAGACCAGUGACGAUGCCAAGUCAGUACGGACGACAGACAACAAUAAAAAGCAUAAUCAUAGCGAGAUCGAAAAACGUCGUCGUGAUAAGAUGAACACUUACAUAACCGAAUUGUCGUCAAUGGUUCCCAUGUGCAAUUCAAUGUCACAUCGAAAAUUAGACAAACUUACCGUACUUCGUAUGGCCGUUCAACAUUUGAAGUCGAUACGUGGUGCGGUGCAUUCCUACACAGAAGGUCACUACAAGCCGGCAUUUCUGUCCGAACAAGAACUGAAAAUGUUAAUAUUGCAAGCGGCUGAAGGUUUCCUAUUCGUUGUAGGAUGCGAUCGGGGACGAAUACUUUAUGUUUCAGAGUCGGUUUCGCAAGUUCUCAAUUAUUCACAGGGUGAUUUGCUGGGACAAAGUUGGUUUGAUAUUUUACACCCCAAGGACGUGGCGAAAGUUAAAGAACAAUUGUCAUCAUCCGAUUUAAGCCCGAGGGAGAGACUGAUAGAUGCAAAAACAAUGCUGCCACUCCGAACUGACGAACCUCUUGGCUUAUCGAGACUGUGUCCAGGAGCUAGGCGUUCGUUCUUUUGUCGAAUGAAAUGUAAAACAUCCACUCAAGUCAAAGAAGAGGCAGAAACAUCGAACGGUUCGCAUCGACGACGAAAACAGAUAUCGACGGAUAAGAAGUACACAGUCAUCCAAUGCACUGGAUAUUUAAAGUCAUGGGCUCCGGCCAAAAUCGGCUUAGAAGAACAAGAAACUGACGGUGACAAUGACACAUGCAAUUUAUCGUGUUUAGUAGCCGUCGGAAGAAUACCGCCCAACAUUUUCACGCCAAAGAUACCCACGACGGGCAAUUAUCCUCAUCUACGAACUAUUCAAUUCAUAUCUCGACAUGCUAUGGACGGAAAAUUCUUGUUUGUCGAUCAAAGCGCAACACUAGUCCUCGGAUUCCUACCGCAAGAGUUGCUUGGCACAUCCAUGUAUGAGUAUUAUCAACAUGACGAUGUAUCACAUAUGGCUGAUGCGCACAGAAAAGCAUUACUGCAUGGUAAAAUAACGACGCCAAUUUAUCGUUUUAAAACUAAAGACAAAGGUUUUGUGCGGCUGCAAAGUGAAUGGAAGUCAUUCAAGAAUCCAUGGACUAAGGACGUGGAAUAUUUGAUUUCAAAGAACUCUGUGAUAUUAACUGAAUUCCAAGAAAAUUAUGCUAAGGAGGACGGACAACAGAUGCCAGCUAAUAUCGACUUUUUCGAUAAUUCAAGCGGACGUGAAAUGCACUGGAUCAUCAAUUCCCAUGUCGAGGCAAGUAAAAUUGGACGCAAAAUUGCCAACCAAGUAAUUGAUUACCAUCGACGCUUUGAUAACUCAUCGUCUGAAGAUAGUCCGCUUCCAUCUGACGAACCUCAACCGAGUACUAGCACCCACUUAUUAUCGUCAUGUGAAAACAGUGGUUCCGGUCACGAGAUACCUAACACAGAAUAUGCAUCCACGUCUCAUCAACAACGGGCUAAUGGAACCUUACCAGGUUAUAAUCACAUGCGAACGUCUAUGAUAGUAACACCUGAUCAAGAUUCAGAUUCCGAAAUAAUUCGAAUGAUGGGUAGUUCGGCGAUACCAGAACCGGCCAUACCAACAACAACAUCCGAUGGCAACGAUGAGGCCGCAAUGGCUGUUAUAAUGAGUUUAUUAGAAGCUGAUGCAGGUCUCGGCGAUCCAGUUGAUUUCAAUGGUCUGCCGUGGCCGUUACCUUGAAAUAUCAAUCUGAUUUCGAGUUGAAUUUGAAACGGAUGCGUUUACUCUUACUGUUUACUUAUAGCUUUAUGUUUUAAUAUGUACGUACAAUUCGAAGUUGCUGUGAAUUAUUAAACAAUUUUUUGGGUCCACAUUU